UCCACGAGGACGCUGUUCUCCGUAGGCUUCCGGGUGCCGACAGCUCGGCCUCCGCCGUCAAACCGGAAUUCCCUGUACCGCCGCCGCCGCCGCCGCUGUUGGUUUGUCAAUCUCUGCAGCAGCUGCAGCCAUGGGCAUCUUGGAGAAGAUCUCGGAGAUCGAGAAGGAGAUCGCUCGGACGCAGAAGAACAAGGCCACCGAAUACCACUUGGGCUUGCUAAAGGCAAAACUCGCCAAGUAUCGGGCCCAGCUCCUGGAACCGUCCAAAUCAGCCCCAUCCAAAGGAGAGGGUUUUGAUGUCAUGAAGUCUGGAGACGCCCGAGUGGCCCUGAUUGGCUUUCCCUCUGUGGGUAAGUCCACCUUCUUGAGUCUGAUGACCUCCACAACCAGUGAAGCCGCAUCCUAUGAGUUCACUACCCUGACGUGUAUCCCUGGAGUCAUUGAAUACAAAGGUGCCAAUAUCCAGCUUCUGGACCUUCCUGGAAUCAUUGAAGGCGCAGCACAAGGAAAAGGCCGUGGCCGGCAGGUGAUCGCUGUGGCACGCACAGCUGAUGUUGUCAUCAUGAUGCUGGAUGCCACCAAGGGAGAGGUGCAGAGGUCUCUGUUAGAGAAGGAGCUGGAGUCGGUGGGCAUCCGCCUCAACAAGCACAAGCCCAACAUCUACUUCAAGCCCAAGAAAGGUGGUGGCAUCUCCUUUAACUCGACGGUCACGUUGACCCAGUGCUCAGAGAAGCUGGUACAGCUCAUCCUGCAUGAGUACAAGAUCUUCAAUGCGGAAGUGCUCUUCCGAGAAGACUGCUCUCCAGAUGAGUUCAUCGAUGUGAUAGUGGGCAACCGGGUGUACAUGCCCUGUCUGUAUGUAUAUAACAAGAUUGACCAGAUCUCCAUGGAAGAAGUGGACCGCCUGGCCCGGAAACCCAACAGUGUAGUGAUCAGCUGCGGCAUGAAGCUGAACCUAGACUACCUGCUGGAGAUGCUCUGGGAGUACUUGGCCCUGACCUGCAUCUAUACCAAGAAGAGAGGACAAAGGCCAGACUUCACAGAUGCCAUCAUUCUCCGGAAAGGGGCCUCUGUGGAACACGUGUGCCAUCGCAUCCACCGAUCACUUGCCAGCCAGUUCAAGUAUGCCUUGGUGUGGGGCACCAGCACCAAGUACAGUCCACAACGUGUGGGCCUGACCCACACCAUGGAGCAUGAAGAUGUCAUCCAGAUUGUGAAGAAGUAGCAGCCCUACCCACCAGCCUCCUGCCUGCCCACCAGCCAGCCUAGCUUCUGAUGGACCCACAGGGACACACCAAACCCGAACAGGAAAAAUACAAAUGCCCAGGAAGGAGACUCUCAAGCCCACUGUUUCCAGAAGCCUCUUUAGUAGGCAGCUGAUGCAGUGUUGGGGCUGAGGGGUGACCACUGGGCACUUGACUCUGUUGGGACAUUUCCCACGAGCCUAAUCCCCCUAUGAAGUCCAUAGGUGGGAGCCCACAGCCUGUAUCCCUCACCAACAUCCGUUGAAUAGGGGGAACAAGUUAAUCACCCACUCCCAUCCAGGACCUAGAGCCAGUGGGCAGGCUCAGUGGCAGGGUGAGGAGCCUGGCUUGUCCAGGCUCCCAAGCUUCUGGCUAUUGUUGGGGCACCUUGUUCCUUCAACUUCUCUGUACUGGGGAGAAGAGGUCCUAGGACAAAACCCCACAGGUCCUUCCCACCUGGGCUGCCCCAUGGUGGAAAUCAGAGCACAGCCAAGUGUCCUAAAGUGCCUCUCCCCUCAGACCCUCCUAGGGCAGCCGCUGCCCUGCAUAAACCAGGACCUUCGCCCUGCCCUCCCACUAGGGGCAUCUUUACCAGAUACGGAUGUUUGAGUUUGGACUGUUUCCUAGACCCCCUAAUCCCUGCUCUCUUUUUGA